AUCUGUAUUUUUGAUGGGGUUUUGGCACAUAUCACAUCUUACAUAAGAACAAGUUUUAAUUGUGACAAAAAAGAAAACAAAAUAGUUAAAAAAAAAAAAAAUUAUAUUAUCAGAAAGAUGCGUGGUGGAUGAAAUGAAUCAAGAUUGUCGCACAGCUUACACUAUUUUAAUGGCGGCUUGUCAAGUUUGAAUUGUGAACUGCCCGGUCCUCCGCACAUAUAUAUGGCCGUUGCUUUCAGAAGGGUCGUCAUAAUUUGUCAAAACUCGAUCUGGGUCGGCCUUAAAAUUCUCUCUCUGUCGAACAAAACUUCACAUCAAAUCUAAAAAUUUCAGAAAAAGCUAAGAGCAGCUUGAUUUUACAAGUGCUUACUGAAGGUGGCGAACCAGAAGAGCUCAGGAGGCGGCAGUCAACACGACAGGUUUGGCUCUCAAAACGAUAGUACCGAUGUUAAUGCCGUAAAUAUUGAUAAUAUCAACUAUGGCGGCGUAGGAUUGGAGUCGCCGCCGCCGUAUCAACAGCAACAUGUGUCGCCGUUGACGCCGACAAUGUUUUUGGGGUACAGUCGGGCGGCAACGGAGAUGUCGGCGAUGGUAUCGGCUUUGACGCAUGUCGUUUCCGGACAAAGAGGCAGCGACAGCUGGGGACAUAUUGGAAGCGGUGGAGUUACGUCUAGUUUCGGCCAACUGUAUUCUUCUUCAUUGCCAUCUGCUUCUCCUUUGUCAGCUGCUUUUUCUUCAAGUGCUUCUCCUGCUUCUAACAAUUGGGUCGGUCAAAAGAGAGGGCGCGAAGAAGAUUUGGAUUCUGCUUCUGCCCUUGCUCAAACCCAAUUCAUGGAAUCUGGUAAUAGAGCUUUUAGGGGUGGCUAUAGUGAUUACAGAGGAACACAAUCAGACUCUCCAUCUGGUGGUGCAAGUGCAACUGUGACAGAAGAAAGUACAAAAUUUUCCACCGCCCCCACCACCGCCACCGUCUCGGUCACCACAGCGGUACCAACCACACCAUCAAGUACAGAAUCUGUUUCAUUUGAAGAAACUGGUGAGAGGAAGAGAAGAUACAGGGGAGUUAGACAGAGGCCGUGGGGAAAAUGGGCAGCUGAAAUACGCGAUCCACACAAAGCUGCAAGAGUCUGGCUUGGCACAUUCGACACGGCGGAGGCCGCCGCCCGAGCCUACGAUGAAGCUGCUCUAAGAUUCAGAGGAAACAGAGCUAAACUAAACUUCCCAGAAAACGUCAGACUCGUUCAACCACCACCACCACCACCACCAACUCUCCAAACCUUCAAUUCAAAUUCUAGACCAACACAAUAUGCUCAGCCGUUGCAGCCGCCGCCGCUUCCACAACCACCACAACAGCAACUCUAUCACUCCCAGCAAGCUUUUCAGCCCUCCUCCGACCUCCUCCGGGAUUACUUCGACUACUCUCAGCUCCUUCAAAGCUCCGCUGACUUCCAUCCACAGCAGCAACAACAACAGCAGCCCUCAAGUUUGCUGCAACAAAUGUACUACAAUUCCCAGUUGGCAUCACUUCAAUCUUCUAUUCUACAACCUGCAUCGUCAACCACUCCAUCUUCUGCAUUGCCGUCCUCUGCCUCCUCCUCUGCUUCAUUUCCUCUGUUUUUCUCUGAGCAGAAUCAACAACUGGGUUUUUUCCGGCAGCCGCAGAAUCCGAACCAGGGUGGUUCGUCUGAUUUCCAGUCACCAUCUUGGUCUCAUUCCGGCAACAAUCCAUCCUCAUCCAGUUGAUACUUUCAUGAAUACUUUUUGUUUUCUUUUUUUAUUUUAUUAAUUUAGAAUAUUUUUCUUGUUAGUAGGUUUUGAUUUUAAUAUCAUAAAUAUACCCAUGUAUUUUUCAUGUAGUUUUUUUGUUUCAUUAUUAUUAUUUGGAAUUUUAUGUCAUAUUAUUGUAAAGCAAGGAGAGAAAAACAAGGGAAACACCUAGGAUUUAGGUGUUAGUUUAUUCUCAA